CGCACCCCGCGUCGUUCCGCAGGCGCGGAAUCCUGCGUGAUACAAAAGUUCGUAGUAAGGAUCCUCAGUGCGGAUUCACCUUUCGCAGACUCCGCGAUACAAUCCUAUAAACUUCGUAAACAACGCUCACGAAAUCGCGGGAUAAAAAAUUUAACGUGAGACUCGUGUCGAAUUAACGAAAAUCCAAAUAGAAGGCGAGGCACGGUGAAUUCACUCGCUACAUCGCUUCGUAGGAAUAUUUAAAGAAAAAUUUAUCACGUUAAUAAUGAUGCUGUUUCUGCUAGUUGCUCUUGCGAGCAUCCACUCGGGUUGGACCCGGCGCGAUUCUUCGAGGGAUGAAAAUGUGAUUGGAGACGCGGUGCAUACAGUUCCGCUCGGCUCGGAGGCAACUUUUCACUGGAGAGUGGAUUUAAUGAACAAGCUGAUAAUCGUGGAGAUUCAUUACGUCGGCAAUGAGAGUAGUUGGUUCGCGAUUGGAUUUUCCGACUACGGGGACCUGAAACCGGCUGAUUACUGCGUCCUGUGGUCCGAUUGGCACCAACAAAUACAUCUUCAAGACUCGUGGACUGAUAUCGACGGGAAAUUACACCUAGACACACAGCAGGACUGUGAGAACUUCGCAUGGAAAAGACGCGGUAAUAUCACGAAAUUCACAUUUUCUCGCAAAUUCGACACUUGCGACGACCAUGAUUAUGUCAUUGAGAGAGGUACCACACAUCUGGUGUGGCUCCGCGGUCGCGGUCCGCUCUCCUCCUUGGCUGGUCUCGAGAUAUCGGACGCAAAAGCGUCGGGUAUGUCCCGUACGGAAUUGCACAGAGUGUCCCAUAAAAAACCCAAGUUUCCCACGAACGCCUGGCAGCUCGAGUUACUCGCCCAUCGGGUUCAAGUGCCGAAGCAGGAGACUACUUAUUGGUGUCGCGUUCAUAAAUUGCCAUCGGCAUUAAGACAGAAGCAUCAUAUCUUACAAUUUGGUCCCGCUAUUCAAGCGGGUAAUGAACAUCUCGUACAUCACAUGGAAGUCUUUCAUUGUGCCGGACCGAUGGAUCUAGAGGUGCCAAUGUACGAUGGACCCUGUGACGGAGCAGACAGACCCGAAAAAACGCAGAUCUGCAAAAAGGUAUUGGCAGCAUGGGCGAUGGGUGCCGAUGCGUUUGUAUAUCCGGAAGAAGCUGGUCUGUCUAUUGGAGGAACCGAUUUCAAUCCAUAUGUCAUGUUGGAGGUGCAUUAUAAUAAUCCUGAGCUGCAUCAAGGUGCUAUCGACUCCUCCGGAAUCCGAUUUGUUUUGACAAAUACUCUUAGAAAAUACGAUGCCGGUGUCAUCGAGCUUGGUCUCGAGUAUACCGAUAAGAUGGCCAUACCACCGCAUCAGGAAGCCUUUACGCUAUCCGGUCACUGCAUAGCCGAGUGCACCGGAGUCGGAUUACCCCAAAGUGGCAUUCGCAUUUUCGGCUCUCAACUGCACACGCAUCUGACGGGCACUAAAGUCGUCACCCGUCACAUAAGGAAUGGUGAAGAAUUAUCGUUAUUGAAUUAUGACAAUCAUUACUCCACUCAUUUCCAGGAGAUUAGAUUGCUACCAAAACCGGUGAUCGUCCUACCUGGGGAUUCUCUGAUAACUACAUGCACGUACAACACUAUGAAAAGAGAUAACGUGACUCUCGGUGGCUUUGCUAUAUCCGAUGAGAUGUGCGUUAAUUAUAUUCAUUACUAUCCCAACGCGCAAUUAGAGGUAUGCAAAAGUGCCAUAAGCGACGAUGCUUUGCGGACGUAUUUCCGUUACAUGCGAGAAUGGGAAAGUCAAGGAACCAGUUCAGAAAAGGGUAUCUCGGCGAAUUAUAAAAGCAUCGAGUGGACCAAAGUCCGCGUGGAAGCUCUUCACGAUCUCUACGAAGCUGCGCCUUUAGGGAUGCAGUGUAAUGGUUCCGACGGUUCUCGGUUACCUGGUUUAUGGGAUAAUAUAGCGGCAACACCCGUCAGAUUACCUUUGUCUCCGCCAGCCAGAGAUUGCCUGGGAUCUUCGAUCCAACGAGAGGUCUUGGAUCAGAUGUGAAUAAUUAAUUAAUUUUAAAAUUUGAAUUACUUGACUAUUUCGUUAUACGAAUACUUCAAGGGAACAAACAAAUAAUUAAAAUUCUAAUUCAGAGCAUA